AUGGAUUCUGAUUUAGAAGAAAUAACUUGUUUCGCAGUUCAGGACACAGAGGCUGAAGAACGAGUCGGUCCUUUGGAACUGAAUGAUGACUCCACCGAGGAAUUAGAAAAAUCAGGAUACGGCAUCCCUCAAGAGUCUGUCCCUUUAGAUGACGAACAAGGUUGCGUUGACGGUGACCGGCUUACUCACCUCCCACUAUCACGUGUUCGGACCAUAAUGAAAAUCGUUCCAUCAGUUCAUAUCAUAAACACUGAAGCUCUUCUGUUAAUUGAACGUGCUUCAGUGCGAUUCUUACGCGAACUGUGUGCUGAUGUUCAUCAGGCCACCUUGGGAGACGGGAAGAAAACAGUUUCCCGAGCGCAUGUCGACCAGGUGAUAAAGUUAAUGUCCCAGUAUGAAUUUCUCGAUGGUAUGCUUGAUUAA